GUUGGUGUAACUUAAUCGGACAAACUAUUAGUCCAUGUCUGGUUCCAAAAGAAGCCGCAGUAUGUUGAACUACUAUGAGUACUUUUUGCCCGGAAUCUAUGACUAUCCGGUGACUCAUAGUGCCGAGGAUACGUUCAGUGCCUAUUAUCUGGAUCCCAUUCUGGCCAGCGGCUCAUCUUCAUGGUCGAUUUCCAGUGCCACCUAUGUGGCAGGACCCUUGGGCGUGAUCAACUACCUGUCGGAUGUGCAAACCCACUUGGCUCUGCCGAUCAGCCAAAAUCUUGUAAUCGGUAAUAGUCUAAUCUAUACGACCCUCAGUUCGGAUAGCCUGGAUUCCUAUCCCCAUCAUCCGCCCCAUGACUACUCGCAGAUGGAGGAGGACGAUGGGUACGGGUAUGAGUUUCCGCAGUUGAAUCUCUGCCUGGCCCGUUUCAUUUCCGAUUCCGAGGGUGAAAGGGAGCCAGUGGAGGAAUCCCAUAUGGAUCAGUCGGCUGAUUCCCAGUGUUUUGCAAAGAGUUACUCAUCUGUGGAGAUCAGCGAGCAGUCGGGAUCAGGGGAAUCUGUUCAAUCCGAAGAAGUGCCCAAAAAGAAAAGGAAGGUAUCUCAUAAACGCACCUAUCAAGCCGAACAGGGUUACCUGGUCGAGGAACCCACCAGUGAACUUUCUGAGGAGGAUCCCGAGGAACUGCUACCCACAUCCAGGAAAUAGAUACUCCUUCAGUUGGUCCUUUUCAUUUCCGAGUUAUUUCGCACUUAAUUGUGUUAAGUUCAAAUUCGAGCAGUUGCAAAAAUCGACCAAAGAUGCGUGUUCAGAUGUAUGCAAUUGUGUAGAAUUGUAAAAACUGUUCAAAUUUGAUUUAUCGUGGCAAUUUGAUAGUGAGCACAAUAUAUAUACAUUUUAUAAAAAAUUUGUUUUGUCUUGGAAAUCCUUAGGCGAAUUUAAUAUUGUUACCAUAGCAUUUUUAAAAACUAUUAUAAACUUACACAAGCCUUUUGAAAAACCUAUUGCAUUAUUAUUAAAUUUUAACGUAUACGUGAUAUUCGUCAUGAACUAAAACCAAUUAGCAUUAAAAAGCCAAUUUUCCCUAGUUCCGUGAAAUAGAAAAAAAUCAUUUAAAAUACACGGAGCCUUUUCAAUGAAUACAAUGAUAAGGCAAAACCAUUGUUUUCAAAUAUUCCUCAUAUAUGCUCAAAUUAGGGAACCAAAUCUAAUACACAGUAGCACCUAGUCGAGACCUAAUUUGCACUUCCAUUCAGCAGCUAAUUUAAUUAUUCGCACAUGUUCAUUGGAUUUGUUCUCAGUUUCUUACU